CUUGUACCCUCCUUCUUAUGGUUGUCACGUGACCGUCGGCAUACAACGUGUAUUUCCAGACCCGCCUCUACUGCUUCUACUGGCAGGUGUAGCCUUAUGACGAAGUGCUUCGAGGCCCUCUCACUCGCCCUCUGUCAUCUGCCCUCACCCUCGGAGUUCUACUUCUUAUGCGUAGAAUGUAUAUGGAACGUUCUUUUGCCAGCAAUCCCUAAAUGAUGGGUUCGAACAACAAAAACACGAAAUGCACAAAAAUCGUUGACCAACGAUGUGUUGAAUUCAUCCUUGUGACGGUUAGGAACGCCACCGUUUCAAGAAAAUUUUUUCCGAGAUUUUAGAAGGGCGCACACUGCAGCACCAUUACAACUCUGUUAUUGAUGUUGUUGCCAGGCGGACCAUGCGCGCCUGUCGGCCCACUUGCCAGCUACCGCGAGCCUCUACAAAAGAUUGCGUUGCAGCUCUAUUACCCAUACUGCAAGUCGCGUCGCCGUCAUGUGCCUCCCUUGUGUGUGUCAAUCUGCCUGUAGCAAUGUGUUAUCGGGUCGCCAAUGCUGUUAGCGCGAGGUACACUUUGUCCUAUAUGAAACGAAGUAGAGAUCAGAGAUGAGAAAAGGAUGCUGCUGGUGCCGCCGUUGUCCAGUACCCCUGUAUAACGUUGUCAAGGAGAUACUGUGUUACGAAUAAAACUGCUAAGAUGCUAUAACUGUUAUAAUUACUACUAUUGCUGAUUGUUCGAACAGCAACGUUUUGGCAGGCCAUGCUAAGUGGUCCGCCUUUCCCGAGGCUACAGCGGUUGUUGUAAUAUGAUCGGCCAUUGCUACCAGCGGUGUCAAUCUAUCUUCGUUCGAUCCCGUCGUUGGUUCGUUAGUCGUCGUUGGUUCGUUAGUUGUCGCCGUGUUGAAACCGACAAACGCCAGCCAUUUCGCGCCACCAGUUAUGACAAUGUGUUCUAACAGUGACGACAGCAACUACAGCAGCGGUAGCGUCAGCGACAACUACUCAGCAACUGCGGCAGAACUGUUGGUCCAUUGGAGCGGUGCGUCUUCCGUCGUCCGUUCCAUCUGCUUUGCUUCGACUGCUUGUGCGUGGCCGUCGUGGGUUGUCUGUUGAAUACAUUGACGGCGGCCGGAGCAUUAGUAGCAGCGACGAUAGCAACAAUAGUAAAUAGGGCGAGAGCGAAAGCCGCAUUAGUCGCCUCAGCAGAAGUGCCCAUCGCCGCCGCCGCCGCCGUUUCAGUUCAGCUACAGGAACAACAACAACAAGUACGGACCAGCAACAGGCCGGCUAGCUAAUAGCAUCGCCCGAUCUGGUGCUGCUGCCAUUGGUGCCUGCGGCCCUGCCCGGUUAAUGGUCGGUCCCUUCGCUCUCCCCGCGAGGUGACGGUAAAAGAACACAACUGCACUUCAAUGUUUUUUCACGCAUACUUCUGACGGGCGGCGGUUCAACUGUAGCCGCAGUCGUGACGGACGCUGAUCGGAUGUGAUGUGAUGACGGUGGCGACGUAGUGUCUUGUGACUGGGCAACCACUACAGCGUGCGCUGUUGUCGUUUCCCGAAGUUGCUGACUUCUUUCUGGUCGUAAUCGUCAACAUCAUCAACAUUGUCAUAGGUAUCAUCAUCGGUAAUAUACGUUUGUCAAUGCGACCUUAGGGACAUUUGCUGCUGCAGCUCGGCACGUAUUGUGGUCGUGCCACUCUCUGCAGCUGCUGUCGGAAAUGGAGCAGAUGCGUUGAGGUUCCACUGCAGAUAGUGUGUGCCCAUCUAUGAAUGUAUCCGUCUGUUUGUGAGUCUGUCUGUACGCCUAUGUGGGCGUGUUCACAGCUGUUUUUAUGGCAGAAUUUCGAGCGCAGUGGGGGAAUCGAAAAGCCGGCAGCAGUUUUCGCCUCUCAAGGUGUGCAACGAUCAUACUGAGAAGCAGCUAGCUAUAGGACUGUUUUGGUUCUCCCGAACCUGUUUGGAACACAACUACGAAACGCAUGAUGGCGUUCACCUCCCAUUGCGUCUGAAGAAUAGCCUCUGUCUGGCGUUGCUGUUACAAUGAUACCGGCGAUCAGCUGCCGUCGCUGGUAGUCACCGUUAUUGUGACAACUGUGUAAUGAUGCUGUACUGCGGUUUCAAGCAGGCUCAAAACAUGUAAAUAGCCCCCUGUCGAAUGUGCUUUGUCUGGACGGCCACUCAGUUAAUCGGUAAAGUGUUCCUAUCGCCUUCACCUUGUACCUGCUUCUACAAGUUAGUACGUGCGUGCAGAGGUGUGAGUGUGUAUGGGAGGCAACAAUGACACUAACAUUUAACAUGACAGCCUCGACCCUAGAUUCUUCGCGAUAUCGUAAAUAAGCUUUUCGAUUUUAUCAAUACGGAUCUGUGUGUGUUUAACAUUUCAACAUUUGCCGCUAUCUCUAUGUUUUUAACGUGUCUCGUUAGUUCAUCAGUCUUCGUUAAGUGUUUAUUCAUCUACUGGAUACAUUGAAUCGCCCAGCUACUGUGGCCUAUUGAGUCAUUUCUUGUGGCGUGAUUCCGACUGAUCAGUCAUAUCGGGCAAAAUUUUACUUAAUGCCAGAAGGUGAGGUAGCUAACUAAGGAGCGCUGAAUACCGUACACAGAAAAAUAUCAGCUGUCACCCGUCUGUUCCUACCUGGGUAGAAGAUCGGAUGUAAGAAGUUUCUACGGCAAACACCGUCAUUUUUUAUUAACAUUAAAGUAGAGCAAAGGCAGACACGCACACACGCGCUUGCAUAUUGACCUACUAACUCUGCUGAAGGAAAUCGCUGCAGGAUCGUAUCUUUGUGUUUACUAAUUGGCAUUUUAAUUUCAGUUAAUUGUUAUGCUCUCGUAGGCACGUUCGUGACUUGCAAUAUUUUCUCUUCUAAGUCCAUUCUGUAGCAGUCAAUAUUUGUUAAAUACGAAGACGCUACCGAAAUGAUUAUAUAGGGCGUGUAUCCUAAACAAGGUCGAGACAGGUUAUAUUCUAGAGGUCAGCGAAAGAGCCAUGAACGUAAUCAUUAACACACUUACGAUGGUUAGGGGAUUCAUUAUGAGACCCAUCACAUUAUAUUUUGCUAUGCUCCUCAAAUAUAUCUUCGUUGAACUUUGCUUGUUGGUCCCCGCCUUUCUUUCAAUAUUAUGGUUAUUUUCUGCAGUGAAGAAGGUGUUCCAACGAGCGUAAUGUACGGAGAUGUUCAGCUGCGUGUGCCUACAAAUGCGGCGGUAAAAAAGUUUAAGAUUACGUAUUGUCCCUCGCCUUGAUGGCGCAAUGUAUAGAAUGAUGUCAGAAUCUGGUGGCACAGAAAACCCGGGCAUGUCUACCGGAGUGACUAGCCUCGAGAACGACCGUGCACUCGAUCAAGACAACCUUAAGAGGCACUGGAUUGAACAGCCACCAGCGCAAAGCAUAGGCGAGUCGAAAGUACGUAUAGCCAGAAACAAAAAGGAUACAACAUGGGUUAGAUUUGAGGAGGACGACGGCAGCGAAGGCGCAGCAACGAUACAGCCCAGCUCAAUAGAGGUCGUGGCUACCAAAGCCUUGCAACAGCAGGCAAUCAUCAAAGAUGCUAAAUGGGGAACGACUAGCAGCGGAACGUCGGAGCAAGCAAAAAAUAAUGCAAAUCUGCAACAGAAAGAUCAGUCAGAGAUCCGAAUCGAACCAAUGGCUCUUCGCCCAUCGCCUCCGAGGAGCCCGGUGGCAAUCGAGCCGCCGCCUAGUGGAAGCAGCACAAUGUGGCCUAACUUGUCAGCUCGAAGAAAUUCGCAGGACAAAUUUUUAAAUGGAGACGUUAUUUGUACCGUGUUGCCGUCGAAUAAAAGCUGCGCGUGGGUUACUAGGGCGAAAUUUAAACCAAAUCUCGUACCAGAGGAAAUUAUGGACACCAAUCUAACAAUAACCGUGGAAGAUUACGUUCUAGCACUGCAGAUAUUAACAAAUGACCUGCGCUUCACACUUUACAACAUACUAUAUAAACGGAUCUUGCUGAUGUGGAUGCUCAUGGGAUUUGUUAUAUUGCUAUCGUUGCUAUUUUCUGGCACAAAAGGACUAGCGUUGUUCGGCGGCGGGGUAUUUUGGCUUAUAGUUAAUGCAGUAGGCAUUUUUGCUUUUAUGUAUAUCAAACUAAAGCUAUACCACAUGCUCGAGCGGUGUAUAGCCCAUGUAAACCAGAUUCUUGUUAAACACAAGAUUCUGCUGGGACUGGACGACAGAGGGAAACUUUCUUGCCACAAAGUUCAUCUCAUAUUCCUUUAUUUUGAUACAGAGCCAUGCAUCAAAUAUCUUUGUGCAAUGCUAGAAGAGCAGGAGAAAGCCGAUACGGCGAACGAAGCUAGAGAAAACCCGGUAGUUCGAUCUCGGAUGGAUAUUGGCCAGGAAGACAAUAUUUUUAUCACACGAGGCUCAGUGACAGAGCGACUCUCUCAAAAAGAGAAAACGGCAGAAAAACUUCUGCUUCGCUAUAGUCAAAGAUGGGUGAAGUCGUUCGUGCGCAAACGGCUCGACCUCAACGUCCCAAUUCAUCCAGAUGCCUACUCAACAGAACCAGCUUCACCAGAGCCUCCCCGACAUUGUUCCAUGGCACGCUGCCUUUGCCAGGUUAUCGAAGAGCAUCUUUGUUUCAAGCCAUUGACAAAAUGUACCUGGUCGGAACUUUGUUGUUAAACAAUAUAUCUGGUAUAUAAACUUAAGGUCGAUUGUUAGGUGAACAAAUUUAGGUCGAUGGAAGAAUUUGCUUAAACAGUCUUUAUUUAACCAAUAUUAGGGUUGCCAAACCAUUAUGUUUCUCGGGUUUUCUCGACGAAUUAUUAUGAAAUUAAUUGGUGCGGUCCAGGCUUUUCUUGAGGCACUAUAGCUACAGGCUAGCCCCAAAACCGCGAAUAGGAUUUGCUGACUUAGCACUAAUGUAAUAAAGUCACGAAUGUUGUUUAGGGACUUGAUGGUCGAUGGAGCCUGGCGACAAAUAAAAUCCAAACAAAUUUGAAGGGCAAGCGAUUAUGCAGAGUGGUCUAAAAUUAUGGGAAGUAAAUAGCGUUUAGAUAAAUAUGAAAUACGGUGUGUAUAAAUAUAUAAGGAUAAACUAGGUAUUUCGUGCAUAGCUAGGAAUCGAUUCUACACUUCAGCUGCAGGCCUUAUUUGUGCAUAACGCGAGGACGCUGCCAAGCAUCAUUUAGAGCAGCCUUAAUCCUGCUAACUGAUCGAGAUGCGUUGUAUCGACCAAGUCGAUUUCGUCCGCCCCGCAAUUUUAUUGUGAAACCUAGGCGUAAAUACGUACAAUAAGAAUGUUGUCAGUGUACGAUUUCCGGAGGUCUGACACGAACAAGUUACGAUGUAACACGAAAAAAAUAAGGGCAAAUAUUGUCACGAGGCCAAAAAUAAGCUCACCCAAUGCUACAUUUUUGCCGAUCGUAGGGCUAAAACUACAAUUUCUCUAAUACGGUAAUUUAGUUUUUGUGACUGUGCUUAGCAAUGUAAUUAAGAAAUUAGUUGGCAGUACAACACAAAUUAAAAACACAUGCACUCUAUUUACUAAUGAAACAGUUUAUCUUCAUAUUGAAGAAGUACGAUAGAUUUUUACAGUUGAUAAUGACAUGAAUGAAUUAACUGACUAAAAAUCGCUUUCCUGCCUCUUCGCCCCGCGCGAGUAUAGCAUCGAAAAAUAGUGUUUGUUUAAUUUUAGAAAAAUCACAUUUUGUCAGACAAAACCCAUUGCCGAGAAUAUCUUUAUGACUACACCAAUUAAUAAUCAACGAUGAUAUCGUGUCACAGCAUAACAAGCAUGACAAAACAAUUUUACAUUACUGUCAAAACUUUUUUGUCAGGAUAUAGCAAAAUGAUAUCCUUUUGAUGCAGUUUUAUCGAACUGGGCGGUUAUUAACGUACUGAGCUAUUUGGAAAGCACUAUCAAUUUACGAAUACACAUUAAAAUAAUCAUAUUUCGCAAAUACCAUCAGUCGUAUAGCCAUCCAUAUUCCCAAGUGCAGUGUUAAUUUAAUGCUAAAUAUAGAUUAGUGUUUUAUGUUAAUGUUUAGUAAAAAUCCGAAGCUGCUAUUUACAUAUAAGCGCCAUCGUGCAUAUAUUAAAUGCCUAUCCUGGACAUCCUAAAUAAUGAUCAUAACUUGGACAGUAAUAACUUAUUUUACCGAUACGAUUGUGUGUUAUUAUCUUUAACGAUAUAUUGCGUAAACGGAGUGACACUGCGUGUUGCCGCCUCUUCCUACACGUAAUUUUAGUAUUUUCAUUCGAUAUCAAUAUCCCUUUUAUCAAGUCGAUAGCAGUUGUGUGGAAGGUGCCAAUGAAAAUUCAACCUGGCAUCCAAGAACACUUUCUAUCGUGAACACUAAAGUCCUUGUUAUAACUUUAUGGCUUCUUGGUUUCUGCCUUUAUGGAUAUUGCGUUUUUAACGAGUUGAAGCUAUGUUGAGUCUUCAUUAAAAAUGGAAUGAAUACUUAUCCAAACGACUCGUACCCUAACACGUUGCUGCGUCAGCGUAGUUGAUCAAACCAGCCAGUGUGGUCUAUUAAACGUGUCAAAGAACGACAAACGUAAAAGAAUGGUCGUCUCUAUACAUAGCGAUAUGAAUAAAUGUGCGUUAAUACGUUUGUACAUACAUGAUUUUGUAUAACGUUGUGUGUGCGCUAUCCAAGCCAAAAUCAGGUCUUUCAUUUUUAGCAUCUCGUUGACGGAUAUACUAUUAAAGAUAUUUUUGAAUAGACAGUGAAAGGAAAAGGCUCUUGGUCAGGGCAUUACGAAUGUAGCGAGUGCUACGGCGCAGAAGGGGUCCUCAUAGAUCAGGAUGAACCUUGAAAUCACUUGAGAUUUCCAUCCUUCCUCUACUUCAUGUAAGAAGAUACUUGACUUAUCAUCUUUUGAAGAAUUCAACGACUAUCAAGUAUGGUUUUGUUGUACUGGUUACGCGAAUAGUCGGCAAGCGAACAUUCUCGGUCUGUUUCUAAGGCUAUUUUGUAUUCAUAGUCGAAUUGUUAGGUACUUAUAACUCCUCAAAUACACGAGCAAAGGGGGGAGGGAGUCCUAAGUUAUGUUGGCCUCAAAUUCGAGUUCAUUCGGAGUCUGUGCUUUUAUAGGAUUCUUUCGACAUGUCACAACAUAUCAAAGUUCAUUAAAAUAUAGCUUUUUUUCCACGUAUUCCGCUCCACUGUAAGACAGCUCCGACUCUUGGUAAUGAUUAUGAUAGACGCAUGAUUGAUAUGAAUGUCAAGGCAAGUCCCUGCAGAAUAUCACUAAGAGGAACCAGUCGGAGUUAACAAGCCUCUAAUUUUUAUUACAGCCAGAAAAGGUAGAAUACAAUGGCAUGAACUAUUUAAUCAUACAGCUUCAAAUACUGACCAAAUUUGGAGCCUUCUUGUGUUAUAUUAUAGUGCAAAUAGAUGAACAGAGACUUAACUAUGCAUGACAUGAUGCAACCUGAGAUCCUCUUCUUGCGAUUGAAUCGGCUCGACAUCAUCCACAAGAUAUAAAAAAUUCGAGCGAAUUUCAACAUAUAGCCAACUUUGUAAAGCUAGUAGUGCAGAAGUACGUUGAAUAAAAUGUUUGUAUUAUUAUUUUGCACGAAUAGAGAGUCAUUUCUAAUAUAUAGGGGCUAGCGCUGCCGUUUUGGUAACAAUAAAAUAAUAAUAUUUUGUAUUGAUUAUUGAUAUUGAGACUUAAUAACCGUUUGGAGAGAAUAUAAAUAUCUGCUAGUGUAAUGGUACAGCAAAAUAUUUUCAGCUGAUGUAACGAUGGAAGGAGCGUCAAACUGCCAACAAAACAGGGUGAAAACGAAUUUGGAGGCAGAACUGUGAUCCAAGUCUUCCUUCCAUUUGCAACAACGGUGAUUUAAUUGUAACAAAAGUAAUGACGUUCACUUAUAGCAAUAAUAGUAAUUGUCACUUUACAUCUGGCGGGCUUCGAUUAUUUUUUACGCCAUGGAUGGUUUUGUGCAUAUAUUCUUGUCUGGGAACGACAUUGUUUUAGAACUGACAUAAGUUUUUGUGCUCGGUAUGAAGGUUAGUGAAGCAUAGUACACGUCAGGACGCAACAAUGAUCUGAUAAUUGAUUGAGAAAUAUUAUUUCACGAUUAUUGGGAGUUGUCUUUUAAGGAUCGAAAGCCAAAAUCCAGUUUCCAGCAUACAUGAAGGCUCUGCUCAAACACCAGUUUCGUCAUAUUUAUUAAUUGUCUCUAUGGUGGCUUUUGCUAGCUGUAGGUCAGAUAGUAGCGAAUAAGGAAUACAAAUAAAUAUAGAAGUAACUAUAUUCUUUUACACGAGGGUAAAGGCUUCGCCAACCAUGCAAGCAAUCUGAAAAUACUUUGCGCUUAUUGCCUACUGAAGCUUUGUGCCAAUGUAUGAAUUGUAAGAUUGUAAGAAAACUAUAACAGGUGUGUAUUCUGAAUUUCGUAUUCUGAGACAAAUAAAAAUACGUUGAACAUUUAGCGGCUUACUUAUAUUCUAAUCCACCUUCUACUAUUCUGGGCCUUCCUUUUCAAAACUCUUACGUUCUCGAACUGCCGUUACGCGCUAUAAUUUAAUCGAAUUCAUCGGCUUCUACAAUAACGUAAAACCAGCAACCUCGUAAUUAUGCAGCAGUGGGCAAAAAGCUCAUAUAUAUAAAGAACAGAUAUAAUUGGAAAAAAAUUAUGUAAUUUUUCCCCUAGAUAGACCUGAAGAAGAUGACCAGCUGGGUGCGAUUGUAGCGAGGAUGCGAUUCUGAUGGCAACUGCGAGAAAUGCAGCAUUUCAAACGCAGAGCGGAUGCAGAACACGACCCGCGUUCGGGUGUGCGAGUAUAAAAGUGCUACUCGUAAUACUUUGCCGAUCUUUGAUCAACAGCGUAUACAGGAUUAUAUAUAAAUAUACACUAAUAAAACAACAAGAA